CAAGGCCGGUAAGGAAAGAGGUAGAUGUACCGUUAGCAGAGAAAGCUGGUAGUCCAGUGCUUGACUUGUGGCCCGCGGGUGCGCAGGUCCGACGAGCGUACACCAUAAAGUUCCGUACAGUGUUUUCUUUACUUUUAAAACACGGAUUCAAAGUUUGAGAUAUAAUGAUGUUGGAAGGCACAAGAAUCAACCCACCUCCUCAAAUGACGAGGGUGUUCGAUAUCGCGAAGGACACCGUCCUUUUCCUCGUCUUAUCAUGCUACUACAUCUUGGAAUCUCUAUUUUGGACUCUAGUACCUAAUGCUAUAAGGCCUAUGAAGAAUUUGAAAGGGGACGUGGUGUUGGUGACGGGAGGCGCGGGGGGAGUGGGCAGGCACUUGGCCAUCAAGUUGGCAAGGCUUGGAGCUAAGGUUGUCAUUUGGGACAUCAGCUUAGAAGGAGUACGGAGUAAACAUGUAACAAGGAGGAGUCUGGAUAAUAUAAAGUGUCAUGUGAAUAGCCGAUUUUACAGAAACCCAGACCGUACAGAGGAGUCAACGUGGAACAGUGACGAAUGCGCCAAGUACUAUCUGUGCCUCGACGGAGAUGUGUUCGAAUUCCAUUGCUCGCAAGACUUGCUGUUCGAUGUCAAUAGGCAGCUGUGCGACAAGCGUCAGAAUGUGCACAACUGUGACCUCACUACAGAGGCAUUGGUCUCCAAACCGCUUUUGGACAUGGCGAAGUGCGCCAACGACACUCAUUUGGGCUGCGCAGACGGCAACUGUCUGCCCGCGGAGUAUUUCUGUGAUGGCUCCCUCGACUGUGAUGACUCUUCCGACGAGGGCUGGUGUGACGUGCAUUACGACCCAAAUGCCGCAGAGCGGUGUGACCCGAAGAUGUGUCAGUUGCCAGACUGCUUCUGCUCCAAGAAUGGUACUGAGACGCCUGGAAACCUAGUACCCAGUCAGACUCCCCAAAUGAUCACCCUCACAAUCGACGGGCCCGUGAACCACGAGAACUGGGACGCGUACACAAACCAUAUCUUCACCACAGACAAGAGGAACCCUAACGGAUGUCCAAUAAAGGCGACCUUCUUCGUUUCACACCUCUACACUAACUACAGGCACGUCCAGAAACUUUGGAACGAUGGCCACGAGAUAGCUGUUAAUUCUAUUACCCUACGCGGUCCCGAAGAAUGGUGGUCGAAAAAUGCAACAGUCGAAGAUUGGUUUGAUGAGAUGGUCGGUCAGGCUAACGUCAUCAAUCGGUUUGGAAGAGUACGCAUGGAAGACUUCAGGGGCAUGCGAGUCCCGUACUUGUCAGUGGGUUGGAACCGACAGUUCCUGAUGAUGCAGGAGUUCGGGUUCGUGUACGACGCGAGCGUGGUGGCGCCCUACGCCAGCCCGCCCUACUGGCCCUACACGCUCGACUAUAAGAUGCCUCACAGGUGCACUGGAAACAACCAAUACUGCCCGACACGAAGCUACGCGGGGCUGUGGGAGAUGGUGAUCAACCCACUAAUGCACAACAACCAUGUCUGCGCUACACUGGAGUACUGCCCCACCAACUUCACUAGAGACGACGUGUAUAACGUGCUACUCAAUAACUUCAAGCGACACUAUCUGAAGAACAGGGCGCCGUUCGGAAUACAUCUCAACGCGGAGUGGCUGAAGAAUAGUGAUUAUUUACAAGCUAUUAAGAGAUUCAUUAACGAACUUCUGAAACUGCCAGACGUAUAUUUCAACACCUAUAGAGAAGUCAUCGACUGGAUUCGGCGGCCGACGCCCGUACUCCAACUGAAGAAGUUCGAGCCCUGGCAAUGCAAGAACCGACGCUUUGAAGAACACGAAAUAGCGUGUGCCAAACCUAACACUUGCAAACUACCCUCUAAAGUACUACAACAUGACAAAUACAUGAUCACAUGUUCGUCUUGUCCUAAGAGCUACCCUUGGUUACGAAAUGAGUUUGGUUUUGAAUAACCAUAGACAAUAAGUAUAAGUGAACAUUUCAGUUACCAAGAUUAGAUAAGGUUAAUUUUAUGAACAAUGUCAUUGUAAUGUAUGUUUUAUAAAUGAUGGCAAAAAAUAUUGUUUGAUGAAAUAAAUAAAAUCAGAUCAAUCAGGAACAGAGUAGGUAGAAUGGAAAAUGUCCAUCAACAAGAAGAUUCUUAAGUUGUUAAAUAUAUUCUCAAGUUCUUAAAUUCAUUGAAUGAAUAAAAUGAGAAAUAAUAUAGUGAAAGUUAAAUAUAACUUAUUAUUUUUUAGAGACUCAACUACAUUACAAUUAACUACAUUACCAGUAGGUUUAUUUAUUUAUACUUCCAACAGUAUUGGUAUGCUGUUUAUGGUAAAGUGUGCAAUAAUUUAUUAAAUUAUAAAUUACUUUAAAAUAAAGUUAAUGUGUAUAAUUAUUUGCAUGAUUACAGCAUUUUGUUUCAAAACAUUUGGGUUUAUUAGAAUGAUUGGAACUAAGUGGCUAAUGUGGCUUAGAUAGUAAUGAUUUUAAGGAAAUAAAAAUUAA